AUGAAGCAGCCGGGGGGAUUCGAUCAGACGCCGCUCCACGCGCGCUACCGCCCGCUGCAGCUGCUGGACGACGACGACGACAGCGACGACGAGUGGCAGGGCGAGGCGCGCGGCGACCCGGGCGCCUCCUGCGGCAGCAGGGCGUCACGCCCCUCCCCGGCAAUGGAGGCCGCGUCCAUCCCAUUGGCGCGCUCGCUGCUGGAGCGCGAGCACAUGACGUCCUUCCUGCAGAGCUCGUGGGUGUUCCUGCUGCUGCUGGGCUUCCUGGCGUCCGUCACGGCCUGGAGCGUGGACGCGGGCGUGCUAGUCGUCACCAAGCUGCACUCGAGCUUCACGUCGCUUGGGGGCGGCUGGCUGCUGGGCUACCUCUUCUACAUCCUGUUUAGAGUCUUCAUCCUGCUGCUCGGCGUGGGGUGCACGGUGCUCAUCUGCCCCGAAGCGGCGGGCUCUGGUAUCCCCGAGAUGAGGAGCAUCCUGGGGGGAUUCCCCUUCCCCAACUACCUCACGGGCCGCGCGCUCAUCGCCAAGUGCUUCGGCUUGGUGUUGGCGUUGGGGAGCGGCUUGACCAUCGGUAAGGAAGGUCCGUUCGUGCACCUGAGCUCCAUCAUCGCGCGGCAGUUGCUGCGCCUGCCGCUGUUUGAGCAGAUCCGCAACUCGAAAGACCUCACGCACCACGUGCUGGCUGCGGCGUGUGCGGUUGGUGUGACGGCGACGUUCGGUGCUCCGGUCGGCGGCGUGCUCUUCAGUAUCGAGGUCACCACGUCGUACUACGUGACGUCCAACUACUGGCGCGCCUUCUUCUCGUCCGUGGUGGGCGUCGUCGUCUUCCGUGGUCUCAACAGCUUCCUCGCGGGCUCGUACGGCUCACUCUUCACGACCGAGUUCGACACGCUGCCGUACGAGACGUUCGAGAUCGCCUUCUUCCUGCUGCUCGCGGUGAUCUGUGGACUGCUCGCUGCGCUGUUGGUUCGGUCGUUCCGCAUGGUGCUCGACUGGAAGAAGAAGUUUGAGGAGCAAUAUCUGCUCUGCUGGUGCGGACGAUUCCCUGGGAUGGUGCCGUUUGUGUACGCUGCGCUGGUGGCGCUCCUGUUUUCCUUGGUGGAGUACCCGGUGGGUAGCUUCAUGCAGCUGACCCAGCGCCAGACUAUCGACGACAUGUUCUCGACCAAAACCCUUGCACGGGAUGAGGUGGCGACCGCUACCCACUUGUCGGUGGACUUCGGCAGCUCCUGGACGUCGCCAGCGCUGAGUUUGAAUUUGUUCGCGUAUGUGGUUGUCCGGUUUUGGUCGCUGGUCAUCAGCGCCACCGUGUUCAUUCCUAGUGGUAUUGUCACGCCCGUGUUUGCGAUCGGUGCUGCAUUGGGACGUCUGUUUGGUGAGAUGGUUGUCAUCCUGAGCGAGGGAGAGCUGUCGAUUGGAGGAUAUGCUGUUGUGGGCGCCGCCAGCUUCACGGCAGGCGUCACGGGAACUAUCAGUAUCGCGGUCAUCGUCUUCGAGUUGACAGGACAGUUGAGCUACAUGAUCCCGGUUCUACUCUGUGUGAUCGUGGGUCGCGCUGUGACGCGGAUCUUCUCCCUCGACAUGUACGAGACCAUGGCCCGCCAUAAAAACCUGCCGCAGUGGCCGGAUCUGACCAAGCAGAUAUCGUACUCGCUUACGGCCGGUGACCUCAUGCGGGACAUGCCGCCUUACUAUCUCGUUCGGCGUCAAACGUUGGCAUCAAUCAAGCACCUGCUGCAGGUCACCAACAAGGAGAAGAAGGGCAAGACAGCUCACGUGUUUCCCGUGGUGGAUGACGCGAAGACGAUGGUUUUAUUGGGCGUUACCACUCGGGAGGAGCUGGAGGCGCUUGUUAUUCUGUGGGAGCUGAGUCUACGAGGUGGAAAGAAUUCUGCGGCUACGGGAACUCCGGUGUCGGUGGCUGGCAUUACUCCAGAGCAAGCGGCCGUGCUAUCUCGUCCAGCAUCGGAGACGUCUGAGGUGGUGGAUCUGGUACAUUUUGAGCUCCUGAGCCUGGAGGAUGAACACUUCCACGUGCCUCGCGACACUCGAGCCAGUCAUGUGGUCCUGCUCAUUUCGGUGCACAAGUGUCCGCAGCUCUUCGUCACGCAUCGUGGCAAGCUCCAGGGCGUGAUUCACGCGGCCGACCUGCUGGCGCGCUCACGCAAAUACAUGUUGUAGAUACUGAAGAUACUGAGUGAAGGACCGAAGGAAUCCCUCGCGCUUGUGCAUCGAGCUACUCAAAGGCUUUGAAUGACAACCGUCAGGGUGUUUGACGC